GAACGCUUUGCUGGUCUUCCUUACUUUCAUUCGUUCCUUCACUCAAUGAAAACAAAAAGGAAAAACCCUAGCUAGCAUUCACCGCCGCCGAAUGGGGUGAUCCACUGCCGCCGUUCGUGGCUGUCCGAGGAGCCUUUCUUCGUACUGUCGGCGUUAUCCAAGUCAAACCCCUUGUUCGCUGUCUUCUUCCUCGCUCGGCCCAUCCUCCAUCGGAUUCGUCCUGUCACAGUCGUCGUCAUCUCGUCGCUCUCUCGAAGGGAAAACGGAUGGAGCUUUUGUGCAUCAGACAAUGGAUAAGUGGCCUUCUUCCAACCGUGAUUCUUGAUUUACUAAUUGAAAUCAUGUCAAUUAAAGAGAAGUGGCUUAGUGCAUGGUGCAUAAAACCUGUUGGUGGAGCACUUGUUAGGCAGGAACCAGAAUAUAUCUUACUAGCCUUGAUGGGUUCGCCGUUGAAGAAGAUCAUGCUAUGCAGUUCGGAAAAGGAGAUUUUCAGUGUGGAAGAACAAGUGAUGGUGCAACAUUCGGUGAUCAUAAACAACAUGAUUGAAGAUGGGUCGUACAACCAUGAAGAGAGCAAGAUUCCAUUGGAUUGCGUCGACUCCAAGACUCUCAAGAAGGUCAUCGAUUAUUGUACACACCACACUCACCACCACAACGACAACCAAGAAGAUCUUGAGGCUUGGGAUGCUCAAUUUCUCAAUGUUGAUUCUAACGGCCUUUAUGAUUUGUUGAUGGCAGCAAAUUAUCUUGAGAUUAGAAAUCUCUUGGAUCUGAUAUACGGAACUAUAAAAAAUAUGAUAAAGGGAAAGAAAAUAGAUGAGAUACGCAGAAUCUUCAACAUCAAAGAUCAUGGCUUCACUCCUGAAGAGGAAGAACAAAAUCGCAAGGAGUACCCACAUUUUUAUUAGAACAAAUCUUGUCUACUCUUUAAUUUUAUUUGUUUUAAAUUUUUUUCUAUAUGAUGAUCAACACCUGUAUUCAAUAUGGGGAUGUUAGAAAGUGUUUUGGCUCUUUUGAUAUCGUACCAUUUUCUUUUCAAUUGUAUAUUUAGUUAAACCUCUUUUAUUGUCAUCA